AUGAGGCCUCCUACUAUCCUCAAGUACCUACUCCUGUUCAACAUAUUCCUGUUAUCCCUUUCGGAAUGCCCGCAACGCUGCCAAUGUGACCGAAACGCGGUACGAUGCCUGCACCAGGGUCUACAAGCGAUUCCUAAGACACCGCAAGAGGCCCACACUUUUAACAGGAAUCUAGGAGCAAUUCGAUACGUCUUAGUAUUCACCGCGCAGUCUUCCGAAGACGGAAGAACGUCUAUGGGUAUUACGAGUAUUUGUCCGGAUUUAAAUUAA